AGAUUGCUGUAGAUUUCUUUCAUUUUUGCUUGCAUUUUCGUCAAACUCAGACACUGUUUCGGAUUUUCUGUGAAUAUUCAAUUUUCCUUCAAUUCUGUCAAUUCCAGUCAAUUCUGUUUAUUCUUUAAUAAAAGUGUAAUAUUCCAGCGACUUUCAAAGAAACUGAAUCAUUGCGUUACAAUGCAGCUUUUGUUCAGAAUUUGUGUGCUGACUUGUUGCAUUCUAGCAGGUGCGAAUGUGGUUCCAUCAGACGAGGCGUUAAUAGCAACAACAGGAACGCCAACAACCACCAUUUCCCCUGAACAAAUCAAACUGGAUGAAGAUUUAAUUGCAAAGGCAAGACGAGGUAACUUGAAUGCUGUCAAAAAUCUCAUCGAAAGAGGAGCAAAUAUCAAAGCCACAGAUUAUGCUCAAUGGACUGCAUUGCACGUGUCUGCUUUUUGGGGUCGAUUGGAGGUUGUCAAAUAUCUUGUUGAAUAUGGGGCUGACAUCGAAGCCAGAUCAGAUCAAGGAGAUACUGCUUUGCAGCUGGCAGCUGGGGGAGCACAAUUUCAUGUUAUCAAAUAUCUUGUUGAACAUGGAGCAGACGUAAAUACUAGAGACGAAGAUGGAAACUCACCUCUGGAUAUGUCGAUAAUACUUGUAUCACUUGGACGGGGAAGCACUGUUAUAGUAAGAUGGUUGAAAGACACCGGAGGAAAAAUAUUCACUAAAAAGGCCGAAUACAAUCAAAUAUUCGGUAACUGAAUAUUGAAUCUGUUGAGCUCGCUUCCUUUGAACGCCCUAACUUUAUAAUCAGUCAAAAAUCCGUAAAGGGUGAAGGUGACGCAAGUCAUUAUGUCUUCAUUUACAAGAUAACUGAUAUCGUUG